CAAAUGGUGAGGUUUUAUUUUUUUGCCAUCCUUUGGCCGAGCUACAGAGGGAAACUCCCUCUUUCCUCCUCCCUUCCUCCCUCCCUGACCUGGUCCCGCCUCCAGACCCAACACUAUAUCAGCAGCCUGCCUCCUCCUUCUAACUCCACAGUGCUGCACAGUCCAACAGCUGUUCAACGCUCCUCUCUACUCGUGUUGUCUCCUGACCAGCAGAUCAGAUCGUCAGCCAUCAUGUACAACCCCAGCAUGUCCGGCGGCCAUGUGACCAGGCAAAGCUACAGCUACAGAACAAGCUCUGCUCCUCACAAAGCCCACAGCGUGUCUGGCCUCAGCUUCAUGGGAGCUCCUCGCAUCUCUGCCGCCAGCGCUCGCAUUGUCUCCUCUGGCUAUGGUGGGGGCUCCUCCGGAUACGGCGGGGGAUUCGACCUGUCCAACGCCCUGGACCAGAGCAACGUUCAGCUGAACGAAAAGGCCACCAUGCAGAACCUGAACGACCGUCUGGCCUCCUACCUGGAGAAGGUCCGCUCGCUGGAGGCUGCCAACGCCAAGCUGGAGAAGCAGAUCAGAGAGUACUACGAGCAGAAGGGCCCAGCAGCAGAGAGGGACUACAGCAACUACUGGGCCAUCAUCAACGACCUGAAGGACAAGAUCAACGGUGCCACCAUUGCAAACGCCAACAUCCUGCUCCAGAUUGAUAACUCCAAACUGGCUGCAGAUGACUUCAGAACCAAAUUCGAACACGAGUUGAUGAUGCGCCAGUCCGUUGAGGCUGACAUCGCCAACCUUCGCCGCCUGCUGGACCAGACCACCCUGACCAAGGCCGACCUGGAGUUGCAGAUCGAAGGCCUGCAGGAUGAGUUGGCCUAUCUGAAGAAGAACCACGCAGAGGAACUUGCAGCAAUGCGCUCUCAGCUCACCGGCACAGUCAACGUGGAGGUGGAGGCCGCACCUCAGCAAGACCUGAACAAAGUCCUGGAGGAGAUCCGUGCCCAGUAUGAGGCCAUCACUGACAAACAUCGUCGGGAUCAGGAGGCGUGGUUUAAUGACAAGUCGGCAGCGCUGUCCAAAGAGGUGGCCAUCAGCACAGAAACAAUCCAGACGUCCAAGACAGAGAUCGGUGACCUGCGGCGCACUCUUCAGGGUCUGGAAAUAGAGCUGCAGUCCCAGCUCAGCAUGAAAGCAGCUCUGGAAAACACGCUAGCAGAGACAGAGGCUCGGUACGGCAACAUGCUCGCCGGCUACCAGAACAACAUCCACAUGCUCGAAGGGGAGCUCGCCAAUGUGCGCGCCAGCAUCGAGCAGCAAGGUCAGGACUACAAACUGCUGCUAGAUGUCAAGACGCGGCUGGAGCACGAGAUCGCCACCUACAGGAGCCUGCUGGAGACAGAGGAGUCCAGGUAAACACAAGAGGCUCAACGACCACAAUUAAAACCACCACCGUACGCUCGUCCAGCUGAGAGGCUCGACUGGCAGGACAAGCAGUUUCACACACACACACACACACACACACACACACACACACACACACACACACACACACACACACACACACACACACACACACACACACACACACACACACACACACACACACACACACUCACACACACACACCAGACGAGAGAAGAUCUACUAAAAAGUUGUGUGGUUCCGUGUGUGUUAAUGUGUGUGUGAGACCUGUCUAAUAAACAAAUCUGCUGGUGGAGAUAA